CCUGCUUCCACUCCCUCCCCCUGCUUACACUCCAGCAGCCAGCAUAGCCAGGCAGCCAUGGACGUUGGUGCCCUCAGCAGCGACUACUCGUCGGGGACGCCGUCCCCGGUGGGCGCGGACGGCGGCAACAGUGAGGGCUUCUCGACGUACAUGACGGUGUCUUCGGCUCCGCCGAAGCGGCGCGCGGGGCGGACCAAGUUCAAGGAGACGCGGCACCCGGUCUACAAGGGCGUGCGCCGGAGGAACCCCGGGAGGUGGGUCUGCGAGGUGCGGGAGCCGCACAGCAAGCAGAGGAUAUGGCUCGGCACGUUCGAGACCGCAGAGAUGGCGGCGCGCGCGCACGACGUGGCCGCGCUGGCGCUGCGCGGCCGCGCCGCCUGCCUCAACUUCGCCGACUCUCCUCGUCGGCUCCGGGUCCCGGCCGUGGGUGCCAGCCCUGAUGAGAUACGGCGGGCGGCGGUAGAGGCGGCUGAGGCAUUCCUGCCGGCACCCGACCAGAGCAAUGCGCCCGCCGAGGAGGUAGCCGCUGCACCAACGAUGCAGUUCGCCGGUGAUCCGUACUACGGGAUGGACGAUGGUAUGGACUUCGGGAUGCAGGGCUACCUCGACAUGGCGCAGGGGAUGCUCAUUGCCCCUCCUCCGUUGGUAGGUCCGUCAGCGACUGCCGGAGACGGCGACGAUGACGGUGAGGUCAGCUUGUGGAGCUACUGAUUACGCGCAUUUGAGUUAUGCCAUGUGUGGUGCGACGAACUACUAAUGCAUGUGCAGCUUUAUAUAGUAAUCGAGUAGAGGAAGUGUACUGCAUGGUUGCCCUUUCCUUUUCUCCACUUUGUUCUAAACUUCUCUGGGUAAUGUACGUUUGCUCUCUGAUGAACUGCGAUCAGAAGAAGCAGAGGGCCUGAUCUUGAGUGUAGUGUUCGAGCUCCGAAGGAGUGUUGGGGCUAGCUAUAUGUAUCUCCCUUGUUUAUUAUGCAUGAGCGGAGUGUCUUCGUCGGUGUUUGGUUAAGCAAAAUGUAAGUUUCUCGGUGUAUAAUUAGCAAUAUAGCACGUUGCCUUAGAGCAUCUCCA